CUCUGGGUUGAUUGCAAAAUCCUCCGCACUUGCAAUUUUGGCUGACAGGGCGAGGUUGCGUGGAAAGCAAAGAAUUGACGAAUUUGGCUGUGCCCUCUCCACUCUUAAGUUACAGAAAGAAAAGUAAUGCCACGUUAGGCAAGACGUUGAGUUUUUCGACCUGUGAGCUUGUAUGCGGGGGGUGGGGGCAGGUUUGGGAGAAGGAUGCUGAACAAGAGGAGCGCUGGGAAAACGAGUUACAGUCCCUACACCAUAGCACUGAGGGGCAAGAAAGCAAGGUCAAAAGCGGGUCUGGAUGCACUACCCAACCGCCCAAAGGUAUGGCUCACGGAACUGCCUCGUAAAGAUGCUGUUGAGGUACCGGCUUCCCAGGCCGGCUCCUUCUCGGAACUACCUGCCGGGAACUCCUCCUUGUCCAAGCUCAGCUCCAGCCCGAGUGCCGUCAACACCCUCAAGCGACCCACCACCCUGAGCAGACACUCCAGCGCCGCCGGUUUCUCGCUCAGCUCCCCUGGCGCGUGGGGGGCCACGAAAGGCUAUAAGACCUCUGGAGGUGGCACUUCAGAAAGCAACGAGGGCCUCGAGGUGGAGGAGAUCACGCAGCUACUGCGUGACGUGGCGUGGUUUGCUGAGGCAUUGGAGAAACUGAAGGACAUGGUCUUAGAAGAGAAAUCCGAAGCUCGGCGUCCCGUGGCUCACGAGUGUCUUGGGGAAGUGCUGAGGAUCCUACGCCAGGUUAUUAAUAAAUACCCGCUUCUGAACACGGUGGAGACCCUGACCGCUGCGGGCACACUGAUCUCAAAAGUCAAAGGCUUCCAUUAUGAAUCCAACAAUGAAAAUGACAAAAAAGAGUUUGAGAAGGCAAUUGAAACAAUGGCAGUGGCAUUCAGCAGCAAUGUCUCGGAAUUCCUCAUGGGCGAAGUGGACAGCAGCACCCUGUUAUCAUUACCACUGGUGGAUAAGUCCAGGUCAAUGGAGAAUCUGUGUGGUGGGAUUGCUGUACAAGGUGACGCGACGCAGGUGAAAGAUGAGUUCAGUGACUCAGGGAGCCCUUCCACGGAAGAGGUGGAUAUCAUCCUACAGCGGUCCGAGGGUGGAGUUGAAGCUGCUUUGCAGUAUGCCAAGACCGUCUCCAAAUACAUGAAGGAUCUCAUUACCUACCUGGAAAAGAGAAUGGCUUUGGAGCUGGACUUUGCCAAAGGCCUGAUAAAAUUGAUCCAUACUUGUAGGCAGGCUAUCACUCAUGAGUAUCACGUGCCCUUCCUGUCUAUCUAUUCGCUGGCACUGGAGCAGGACCUGGAGUACGGACAGAGCGUGAUGCAAGGCGCCAACAUCCUUCAGAAUCAAACCUUUCUCCAGCCGUUAGCUGGAAGAAGAUUGGAUCAUGAAAAGCGCAGAAAAGAGAUUAAAGAGCAGUGGCACCGGGCACAGAGGAAGCUGCAAGAAGCGGAGGCCAACCUUAAGAAGGCAAAGCAGGCAUACAUGCAGCGUUCCGAGGAGCACGAAAAGGCCAAGAUCCUGACGGUGAAAGCCGAGGAGGACCAGCACAGCACAAGUAGCAGUAACACCAGCAAGACUCUGGACAAGAAGAGGAAGACGGAGGAGGAUGCUCGCAACAAGGCCGAUGAAGCAGAAGCAACUUAUAGAACGUGCAUUGCGGACGCCAAGACGCAGAAACAAGAGCUGGAAGAUGUGAAAGUGAACGUACUGCGGCAGAUCCAGGAAGUCAUUCGACAGAGUGACCAGACGCUGAAGUCGGCCACCAUCUCCUACUACCAGAUGAUGCACAUGCAGACGGCCCCUCUGCCAGUGCACUUUCAGACCCUGUGUGAGAGCAGCAAACUCUAUGACCCCGGCCAGCAGUACGCAUCCUACGUCAAGGACCUGCAGAUGGAGACUGAGACUGAAACACAUUAUGAUUUUGAGUCCUAUUUAUCACAGAUGACCUGGUCCCCCCAUGUGAGGGCCCGUAAGGGUAGCUUCAACGCUCAGGACUUUCCUCCGAACACGUCAAACGAGGUUCCGAGCCAGACGUCCACAGAUGAGCCAGGCAGCCCAGAGGGUACCCUGACCCAGAAGGAGGUGCGGGGUGGAGGCCUCCCUGAGAGAAGAGGGGUUCGAAGUCAUCAGGUGCACAGGUCCUGGCCCACGACCAUGAGUGACACCGAGAGUGUGGGUGGAGGAAAUAGCCUGGAUUCUCCCUCUUCCACCUCAGGUGAUUUCGUUCGAAAGUUGCCCAGUAUUCCUUCCUCUGGAACCAUGUCUAGCAGUGAGGACGUGGAGGAUAAAGACAGCAACACAAACUUUGAGCAAACAGGUAUCAACGGGAUGGCUCCAGAGAUAGCCGUGUCCACUGGUCCCUUCAAGAAUGUGGGCCUCUCAAAGGCUGCACAGACACAUCGUCUCAGGAAGCUUCGCACACCGUCCAAGUGCAGAGAAUGUGACAGUUACGUGUACUUUCAGGGAGCUGAAUGCGAGGAGUGCAAUUUGGCCUGCCACAAGAAGUGUCUGGAGACUCUGGCGAUCAAGUGUGGCCGCAAGAAGCUACAGAGGAAACUGAGGCUGUUUGGCCGGGACUUCACUCAGACCUCGCGCGAGAGUCUCGAUGGAAUUCCAUUCAUUAUCAAAGCGUGCAUCUCUGAGAUCGAGCGCAGAGCUCUGAGUAUGAAAGGCAUCUACCGUGUGAACGGUGUGAAGACCCGUGUUGAGAAGCUGUGCCAGGCGUUUGAAAAUGGAAAGGAGCUGGUGGAGCUCUCGCAGGCAUCUCCGCACGACAUCAGCAACGUACUCAAACUGUACCUGCGACAGCUUCCAGAGCCGAUAAUGUUGUUCCGCCUCUACAACGAUCUGAUGGGCCUGGCCAAGGAGAGUAUGCAGUGCACAGGGGACGGAGGAGGCAAGGAACCAUCGGUCGACAAGGAGGACUUACUUCUGGUGUCGCGACUGAAGGACCUGCUGAAGGAGCUGCCGCCUUCCAACAAGGCCACGCUGCAGUACAUCAUCAGACACCUCAGCAGAAUUUCAGAUCUUGAACAGCAGAAUAAGAUGUCUUCUAGUAACCUUGGAAUCGUAUUUGGGCCCACGCUGAUGAGGCCCAGGCCGACCGAGGCGACUGUGUCCUUGUCGUCUUUGGUUGACUAUCCUCACCAGGCUCGGAUUGUGGAAACGUUGAUCACCUCCCACUCAGAGAUAUUUGAAAGUAAAACAGAGUUCAGCACGGCCUCAGAUGAAGAUACGCUGGAUGACGCACCACCAAGUGAUAUUUACAAUGAGAGAGGAUCCUCCAAGGCAAGUGUGGGAUCAGGGAGUGAUGUGCUUUACCUCGAUGAGACUGGGGAGUUCGACAGAGAUAGGCUGUACUCCGAUACACACUGUGAUAACUCUUCGGAAUCUCGUGAGCGUUCGCUGGGCUCUGACUAUGAGCUGGAAGAUGCGGCCUCUGAAUCUGGUACAGGAUCUGAGGAGAGGACGCAGAGAAACCAGAAGGGGAGUCUGCUGAAGCAGGAGAGUGUGGCUAGUGCUGACGAACCCCCGCUGGGGAACGACAGCGGAGAAGACGAGUCUGUCUCAGAGGAAACUGAAAGAAGUCAGACUCAGAGCUCAGACAGUGACCUGGCACAGACUGAGCGACAAGUGCCCGAAAAGACUCGAGAAGGUGUAAGGUCACCUCCUCAAGUGGAGAGAGAUGGGCAGAAUCUGCCCGGCGCCAACAAACCAGACCCACCGAGUGACUCCAGCCAAAGCCUGGCUGAUUUUAACACAAACCAGUCAAAUAACGUGGACAGAAAUACCUGGCUGCCUGCUCACCUCAGGACGCCGCUUCAGGUCAGGGAACAGCGCACGCAGCUGCCGUGGGUCUGGAUGCGUCAUGGAAAAAUAGACAUUGGUCUUGAAAGUCGAGACCCGGAAUUUGUCUAAUCAUCUUUUAUCACGUGCUUAUAGAGCAGUUGUCCACCAGCAAGCACCCAAGGUACUUUGUAAUGGGACAGAGAAAGGACUGUGUGCAACCCAAUUUCAUUAUACUUUCACUGACUCAAUGGUUCAUAUUUUGAAGCCAAAAGAUACAACCCUCUGCCAAUAGAUACAUCUGGACAUUGUCCUGAAUAAAAUGUGAAUUCAUGCAGGGAAUCUGAAAGUUGGACAAAUCCUCUCAGUUUGCAACAGUGGAGAUGCAGUGCAAUAAUCAAAGUUCAAAGUACAUAUAUUCACAAUGUACAACCCUGAGGUUUGUUUUCUUGCGGGCAUUUUCAGUUAAUCCAAGGACUAUAAUAGAAUCAAUGAAAGUUUGCACCCAAUAGGGCGGACAACCAACGUGCAAAAGACAACAAACUGUGCAAAUACAAAAAGAUUUUUAAAAAAAUACUGUAAAUAAGCAAUAAAUAUCGAGAACUUGAGAUGAAGAGUCCUUGAAAGUGAGUCCAUAGCUUGUGGGAACAGUUCAGUGAUGGGGUGAGUGAACGUUACCCCCUUAGGUUCAGGAGCCUGAUGGUUGAGGAGUGAAAACUGUUUCUGAACCUGGCGGUGUGAGUCCUGAGGCUCCUGUACCUUCUUCCCGAUGGCAGCAGCGAGAAGAGAGCAUGUCCUGGGAGGUGGGGAUCCCUGCAUAGAUGUGCUCAAUGGAGGGGAGGGCUUUAUCCAUUAUGGACUGGGCCAUAUCCACUACUUUUUACAGGAUUUUCCAUUCAAGGGCAUUGGUGUUUCCAUACCAGGUUGUACUAAUUUACUUUGAACACACUGAAAGUCUUUGAGAACCAGAAAAACGGUCUACCAGAUCACAUGAACAAGCAUUGACAGCAGAUAUCUGCACCUCCUAAUCCAUUAACUGAAGCCAGUACAUGCAAUACCAGUAAUGGAUUAUUAGGAUAUGGCUUAGGUUUUUAGAGUGCUUUGCAUCUGGCUUUCUCUCAAAGGUUUUAGAUCCACAAUGGGCCUUUGCAGACUUUUUUCCGCUGUUCGAUCACAGUGAGCAUCAGAACUUUGCCCAAUUCUAUCGUCCAACAUGCACAUGUCCUUUCAAGGACAGGGAGGAGGGUCAAGAGCAUAAGUUUUAUAACUGUCCACCAGCCCAGGAGUGCCCAAAACCAGUCGAAGCACGCUGAUGAAUUCGGAUUGCUGAAUGUAGAGCAAGCAUAGUGCAUUCCACAUCUCUGUGUCUUGUAGACGUCGGCUGGUCGGGUGGGUGGCCACCUAUCACUUUGACCACCUCUGUGCAGAAUUCAAUCCCUAUUGUCUUUGUAGUAACCUACUGCCCAGAGAUAAAAAAGGACUUGGCACAGUGGUUUCCAAUCAAAACUUAGAUUAAUAAGUUCAAUGUUAUUUUGACCCAAUAAAUGACUUCAAAGUCUCAAUAGUAAUUGAAAAAAAACAAAAUAGCAGAAGUACUGUAGAUUGCAUUAAGCAUGGUAAGAAUCUCUCUAUCCAUGAGAUACUGUUUCAUUAAAAUAAUAGCAUAACUUAGUGCAAAGGUUAAAACUGUUGCUUUAUGAAACCAUAUUGUUGGGCAAAUAUAUAGAAAGGACAACCAUUUUAAAUUUUAUUUGUGAGGUAGAAAUACUACAAACCUGCCAAAGGCAAUUGUGGAGUCAGAGAUGGUUACAUUUAAAGGAAACCCCUUUGGUAGAGACGUAUCUCCACCCCACCACCACUAAAUGGACACAGUUGUGUCAGCUGCCCAUUAUUUCCCCAGAUCCAUCAUUGGGAACAUCUCUGGCCAAGGAAAUGACUUUAAGGGCUUGGACAAGUGGGCCAUAAGGGGCCUGUUUCUGUGCUGUACAUUCCUAUGAGUCUAUAAAAUUGCAGCCUUUAACGAAAGGCUGACCAUCAAAUACCUAUCUAUACCAAGAGACAUAAGAGACUGCAGAUACUGAAAUCCAGAGCACAAAACAAGCUGCAGGUCAGGAACAGAUGCUCCACAGAUGCUGCCUGACCGUUGGAAAUAUCUGGUGGCCAAUGAAAGAGCUUGUAUUUAAUGCUAGAAGCAUUGAUGAGGCCACAUGAUAGGAAUUAAUCCUUAAGCAUCUGGAGUAGCAGAAGUAAGUUGUGAUGACGGCUGAAAAGAAGGUGAACGAAACUUUCUAUUAACAGUGGAAGGAUUCAGAGCGAGAAUAACCGAGCAGAGGUCGUAUCCAGUUCCUCCACUCGACCGCCUUCAGUUUGAAGAGGGUCCACAUCCACAAGGAAAUCUUGAAGAACCAUUAUUAGCAAGGUUUAUAUGUACACCUGAAUAAGAUACUGUAACGUAUCUACAUGAUUCUGCUCUUCUGUUGUUCAGUACUCUGCAAAAGCCUUGGGCACGUAUAUAUAGCUAGGGUGCUUAAGACUUUUGCACAGUACUGUAGUAAUUUUAUGUAUUGCACUGUACUGCUGCUGCAAAAAAAAAUCAUGACGUAUGUGAGUGAUAAUAAACCUGAUUCUGAUUUGGGUCUCUAUUGUGGACUGAGAGUCGGAAGAGGGCAGGCAGAGGGGAGUCAUGUUUUGGAAAAGGGGAAGGGAGUGGGAAGCACCAGAGAGACAUUCUGUAACGAUCAAUAAACCAAUUGUUUGGAAUCAAAUGACCUUGCCUGGUGUCUCAGGGCUGGGUGUGUCUGCACCCACACCACCCCUGACACUGCUCUAUCACCUCUCCUGCGGCACUCCACCCUCACCAUUCCCAACAUCCUUUGCUCAUAUCAGAUUUGCAAACCCGCUCCACGUUGGUAAAUACAGUACUGUACUGUGCAAAAGUCUUUGGCACCCCAGCUACAUAUAUAUGUUAACAUAUAACCAUAUAACAAUUACAGCACAGAAACAGGCCAUCUUGGCCCUUCUAAUCCGUGUGGAACGCUUACUCUCACCUAGUCCCACCAACCCUCAGUCCAUAACCCUCCAUUCCUUUCCUGUCCAUAUAGUUAUCCAAUUUAACUUUAAAUGACAAUAUCGAACCUGCCUCAACCACUUCUGUUGAAAGCUCGUUCCACACAGCUACCACUCUCUGAGUAAAGAAGUUCCCCCUCAUGUUACCCCUAAACUUUUGCCCUUUAACUCUCAACUCAUGUCCUCUUGUUUGAAUCUCCCCCACUCUCGAUGGAAGAAGCCUAUCCACGUCAACUCUAUCUACCCCCCUCAUAAUUUUAAAUACCUCUAUCAAGUCCCCCCUCAACCUUCUACGCUCCAAAGAAUAAAGACCCAACUUGCUCAACCUUUCUCUGUAAUUUAGGUGAUGAAACCAUGUUCUUAAGACUUUUGCACAGUACUGUAGAUGAACGAUUUUUUUGCAGUAUGAGUCUGUCAUUUGUUCGGUGUUAGGAAGCAUUGACUGCUUAUUGAGUAACUUGUCUCCAAGGAAUAAAACGUUGUUUAGCAUGUGUGUGUGUGUUGGGACAUAGUCAUGGUUUAAUUGAGCAUAAAAUGGAGCAAGUUUUCUGUGCAAAUGUACCAUGAAAAUGGAAGCAAAGGGUUGGAAUAGAACCACAUCAGUUUUAUCCAUUUCUAUCACGAGCACUGGAUGUAACUGGAAUAUUUAUCAUGGGAAAAAAGUAUUAAAUGCACCGGUGUGUCUUGUAAAGUUCACAGUUUAUAAUAAAUUUAUAUAUACUGAAAUUAUGGUGAAGGAAAGCCUGUCUUGUCCAACUUGUACUUUUAGAGAAAAAAAUCCUUUUGUACAUUCUGAAGUUUGUGCAUUGGAACAUUAAUGAGCAUUGAUUUCCUUGCAAAAUAAGUAUUUUUUUAAAAUUAAUCUAUUGUUUAUCCCCACUGUUAUGUAUCAACCUCCUGUUCUAAUUCAGCAAUAAGAGCAACCAGUUCAGAAACCUGGGAGGGUGACUUAUUCCCAUGAUAAUAAUUUGCCUUAAACUUAGAAAGAUCUCCCAGGGCAUCUCAUAGGAAUGCUGCUGGGGAACAAACCACACAGGGCAAUGUUGGGACAGGCGCAGGGCACUUAAAUGAGGAGAAAAGUCAAAGCGUUGAGCACAGAAUUUCAGAGCUCAAUCCUGCAUAGUUUAACUUGCAGCCUAUAACGGUUAAAAUCGAGGUUACUCGAGGAACAAUUUCCAUAACUAUUAAGAUCCUGAACUCCCUGUGAGGGUAAUUUCUAUCACUUUGUGUUGGGGUACUGGAAUCCUGGUUUAUACUCUGCUUAUUCUGAGUCACAAAAAUAAUCCAUAAGACGUAGGAGCAGAAUUAGGCCAUUCAGCCCAUCGAGUCUGCUCUGCCAUUACAUCAUGGCUGAUUUAUUAUCCCUCUCAACCCCAUUCUCCUGUCUUCUCCCCAUAACCUUUGAUAAUCUUAUUAAUUAAGAACAUAUCAACUUCUGCUUUACAUAUACCCAGUGACUCGGCCUCCUCAACCAUCUGUGGCAAAGAAUUCUAAAGAUUCACCACCCUCCGGCUAAAGAAAUUCCUCCUUCUCUCUGUUCUAAAGGGAUGUCCUUCUAUUCUGAGGCUGAGCCCUCUGGUCCUAGACUCUCCCACUCAAGGAAACGUCCUCUCCAGGUCCGCUCUGUCUAGGCAUUUCAAUAUCCAAUAGAUUUCAAUGAGAUUCCCCAUUAAAGUCCGUUAAAAUAACUAUUAUAUAACUGCACAUGCUGUAUCACACAAGAUGAAUUACAUUUGUAUUUAAACACAAUAUUUAAGCUUUACUAAUAUGGCACUUCAUUGCUUUUAAUGUUCGUACAUCAGGUAUUCAGCAGGACCUUAGUAAAGAUAGUUUGCUUUUACUUUGUUUUAUUAGUCACGGUAGCGUAGCAGUUAACGCGACUCCAUUACAGCUCGCGGGCGUUCUGGAGUUUAAUUUCAAUUCCGGCACCGCCUGUAAGGAGUCUUAUUUGUUUUCCCCGUGACCGCGUGAAUUUCCUCCUAGUGCUCCAGUUUCCUCUCGCGGUCCAGGACAUUCCGGUUGGUAUGUUAAGCUGUCAUUGCAAAUUGUCCUGCGACUAGGCUAGUGUUAAACAGGCGGGUUGCUGACGGUGCGGCUUAUCGGUCAGAAGGGUCUGUUCCACACUGUACCUCUAAAUAAACAAAAAUGAAUACAUUUGCUUCAGGCUCGUCUUGUUUUUGAGAAUACAAGCAUUUGUGCACUGGCAUGUACGCUUGCAAAUGGGUACAUGUAGCCUCACUGUAGUACAGUUAUGUAAUUAUUCAGUUACAUUACAACUGGGACCUUGCCAAUUAAGUUUUUAAAAAAAUUCCCAGCUGCAUAUUGUUUAAUUUGUACAUACCAUUGGGACAUUUUUAUUGGAUUUUAAAUGUAAAAGGAACUGUUCAGUGUGAGAGUUCUACAAAUCUUUAUUUGGUGAUGUAAAUAAAAGAUAUUUUCUGCCUGGAUUGUUUUAAUUGUAAAAGCGAAUUUAUAUUUCUGA